AUGUUAAAAUUGGCUCACAAAGUGUCUCGUCUCCAGAGGGAACGUAAACGACGCGCACCUUCACCGGAACGUGACAGAUGAAGGUAUUUCUCAACAGAUAAUGCGGUCUGCUUUGGACCUUGUAAACUAUGAUACUUCUGCUUCAGCAUCAGAGGACGGAGUUGCCGAGCGCAAUGCUGCCGUCUCUACCGAAAUUCCUGCGCUCUUGAAGAGAAACAUUGUUGCCACUUCCGACGAGUUUCGGGCACCUUUGGGAAAAGGCAAUGUUGCCGAGCGCGGUGUUGCCAUUUCUGAUGAAAUUCUGGCGCUCUUGGGGAAAAACAAUCUUGCCGAUCAGACUUCUACAAAUGAUCUGAAUAAUGAGCUUGCACAAAUUUGGACUAAAAUAUUACAGGAAGGUCUGUCUCUCGAGGUGCUAACCACUAUAUUGAGCAAGUAUUCUCCGCUCAGUAAUCUCAGCAUCGCUACUGCUCCCGAACUCAAUUUGGAGAUCUUAUCGGCUCUUACGGAACAGCACAAACAGCUAUAUCUACGACUCGCUAAGCGUCAAGACCAGAUGGGAGCCGCUCUGGUGGCAAUUGGCAAAGCACUGACAAUCCUCUUGGAAAAAGUGGAGAGGGCACAUAUAAGAGUGUCGGUUGAAUGGCUCAGUGAUGCAGGGCGCUUAAUUUCGGAUAUUCACCAUCAAGAGUCUACCUGUAGAAGAAAUCUUGUCUCGGUGGAUGUAGACAAGCAGCUUCGAGGUACUCUAACUAACAUAACUGUGACGCUUGGACAAAAUUUUGGUGAUCGGUUGAAAGCAGCUCGUGAAAUGAAGAAAUAUCGUCAAGCCUCAAGCCUAAAUCAGUUACUGCCAGAUCUACCGCUUCGGUAA